AUGAAAGUAGGCCAAGGUUGUGUGAACUGCCAGGAAAACGGGAACAUGGAUCGUUAUACAAGACAGAAACUCCACCCAAAAGCUUAUUCUUACAUCCUUGCCAUGGAAACUGCUUUGCUCUUCCCCUAUGCAUUCAUGGGAUGUGUUGCUGUUUUUGUGGAAACUGUUUUGGUCAUCUUCAUUUCAGUCCCAGGAUGUGUUGCUGAAGGCAAGGCCAAUGGUGAAAAUCCUUUCCUUUAUGACUAUAAGAGUUUGAGAUAUGGGGGUCUGUCCUUGGCUGUUAUUCUCUUCACAUUGGGAAUCCUUCUCAUCCUCAGUCGGCGAUGUCACUGCAACAUGAACAAAGAGUCCAGGGACCCCAAAGAUGAGGAAGCACAAGAGGAGAACGUGAUUGUCCCCAAGGCUGCAGCAGCAGCUGCUAAAGAGGCUCCAGCAGAGAAGUGAGACGACGGAACAGCACCUUUAGGAAAUAUGAUUUUUAUCAACAACACAAAUCCUUAUUAUAACUGGCUAGACCAUGGGGUCAAAUCGGAGGAAUAUAUUGAAGAGUUGUAAAUAGAUCUUGUGCCAGUUGCUGUUUGCUGGUCCUCAGUGCUCUAGUCCAUUUCUGUGCCUUUCUGUGAUGGUCUUAUGUUGUCUCAGCCUGCAGCAUCGUGGACACAAGAUUGUCUUGAAACUCCUUAAGAGAUGUUUAUUGUUGCAUUUUCAGGGUUUGUAAAUGUUUCUUGUUUUGUCCACGAUGGUGUUUGUCAGAUUAUAAGAAAUAUUAUUUAUAUAUAUAUGUAUAUAUUAUAAGAAAUAUGCAUACAUUCUCUAUUUAAACACACAUACUUUACAUGUGACUCCUAUAGUUGUAUAGUGAUGCUUCUGUUUGAGUGGUGUGUUUGAGUGCACAUAAAUACGUAGCUCUUUGUGUGGGCUUGUCGUGAGUGUGUGUAUGUGUGUGUGUGUGUGUAGAUGAGAUGAGCCUUAUCUUGAGACAACCUAAAAGUUCCCUGAGUGAGCUUGAGUGAUUAGCAGGAACCAGCAAGGACUCCUUCACUGCAGAUUUGUCCCACCUGAAGUGGAGAGAGGUCCCCAAUCAGUUCUCUCACUGCCUUCUUCUCCACGCAUCCACCCUGCUGUUGUGUCACUGCAUCCGUCAGGAUUAAUCGGUCUCCAGCAGGCUAUGAUUAGCUUCCCCAGUGCAAAUCUGUAAAGCUGGGGUUAUAUUUCUUGGUAACACUUUACAGAAAGGGUCCCUUUAUUAACAUUUCUUAGUGCAUUAUUAAGCAGUAAUAAACCAUAAAAAAGUGUUAACAACUGCUUUUAUGCAUUACAUAGCAUUACUAAACAUUAUUUAAUGAAUUAUUAAGCAGUUACCUAAUGUCUAUUACUGAACCUUAGUUAAUGCAGUACUAAGCUUCUUUGACCCUUAUUGUAAAGUCUUAACAUUUUUUCAUUUAUAAACACUUUUUAAAUGCUUAAUGGAUGCCUAAACAUCACUUAAUGAUAAUUACUCAUUACUGAAUGAAUUUUGGACCCUUAGAUUCAGUGAUAGACAUUAGUUAACUGCUUACAGUUUUUUUUACAGACGUUAGGACCCAUUUCUCAAUACUUAGGUCACAUUUGCAAAACUCUUCAUACAGUGUGCACAACAGAAGUCUGUGUGGGCCAAACUGAGGAUCAAUUAUCAUUGCUUUGGCACAAAAUGCAAUGAGUGACUACAUCUCUCAAAUGUCAUGAAGUCCCUUCUCACUCAGACACAACAACUGCCAAAACUCAUUGUACUAACAGGACAUGUUGCACUUGCUUACAUACUGUUCACAAAACUGUAAAACUUGUGUUCAAAACAAUAAUGCACUGCAAAACUGAAUAUGACAGCAAAAUCCAACAGCAAUAUGUUAGUGAAACAUAAAUGCAGUUUCACCAGCCACAGCUGACUCUAAUUGUAGAUGAACAGCUGCACAGGUGUUACACUUUCAAUGUCAUUAUAAAAGUAGUCAACGCCAACAUAUGUAAUUGUAUGGGACAAUGUGGCAUUUCACCACUCCCAUGCAGUCACAGAGUGGUUUGUGGCCCAUCCCAGAGUGGAGUCACUUUUCCUCCCACCUUACUCUCCAUUCCUCAACCCCAUAGAGGAAUUCUUUGCCUCAUGGCGGUGGAAGGUGUACGACCAUCAUCCACAUGAUCAAAUGUCCCUUCUGGAUGCAAUGUAUGCUGGAUGUCUGGACACAUCAGCAGUAGAUUGCCAGGGAUGGAUCAGGCAUGCCAGAAGAUUCUUUCCUAGGUGUAUUGUCCUAGAUGACAUAAGAUGUGAUGUGGAUGAGAACCUGUGGCCAAAUGGAGAAGACCGAGAAGAUUAGCAUAUUGAAUCUGUAUCAGUGGAUGUCGUGUUUUUGCAGUACUUAGUGCAAAAACAAAUACCAUUAAAAAUAAAUGAACAACAUGAAAUAUUGACUAAUUCUGCAUCAUGUCUGAUUCAUUCCAGUAACAUCUAUUGGAAGUAUGAACAGAGCCGUGUCCUUGUUUUACACAAGAAAAUGUAAUGCUACAUGUUGUUUGUGUUUUUUAGGUCUUUGUUUUGUGGGUGACAAAGUGUGUUUGUCGGCUGUCAGCCUUUGCUAAUGUUCUGGAGGAAUGUGUUUAUUUGCAACGUGAAUGAAGUGUUUGGGUGGUUGUAGUGCAUUUUGAAUGUGAAAUGAACUAUUUUGCCAAGCUGAAACUCAGUUAGGGGAACUGUGUGAAGUGUCUAGCAAAAGUGACAUUAGUAUUGAGAAAUGGGUCCUAACGUCUGUAAAAAACUGUAAUAAUGCAUUUAAUAAUGUUUGAGUGGUGUGUUUGAGUGCACAUAAAUAUGAAGCUCUUUGUGGGCUUGUCGUGAGUGUGUGUAUGUAAUGCAUAAAAGCAGUUGUUAACACUUUAUGUAAUCGUUUAUUAAUGUUUAACCCUCACACACUUGUUAAUGGGGUCAGUUGGACCUCUGGUGUGUUUUUAUUUUAAUAUUUUUAAGGGGUGCAUCACUUCACCCCUGUCAAGGCAUACACUUUAAACCCUGCUUAACCACCCCCGUCCUGGCGAGGUCACCUGAGAGGAAUGUGGAAGGGUUAAUAAUGCACCAAGUAACAUUAUUAAAGUGACCCUUAUUGUGAAGUGUUGCAAUUUCUUUUAUUUUAAUUGUUUAAUGCUUUUAUUUAUGAUGCAUAAAGAAAAGACGGGCUGCGACUGCUAAGUUUGUAAUAAUUUAAACCUUUAAUAGAAAAGUAGCUCAUAAAUUAAAUCAUAGGUUGAAGUCUCGGUUUCAGAGAUAACAGUGGUACAUGCUACUUUAAUGCUGCUCAUGAAGCCUUUUUGUAGCAACCUGUUGUGCUUUUGGCAUAAAUAAAUAAAAGUAUGUUUAAAUAG